CUGAGUUAGUUAGGAAACAGGAGGCUCCGGGGUCGGGGAAAGGAUCCCCCCCCCUUAUUUUUUUUCUGCACCCCCCUCCCGACUUUUUUUGCACUCCUCUUGUCUGCAUGGUGGAUAUUAUCUUUUCUCAUCCUUUCCUGGGGGCUAUGGGGGAUCAUUCCAAAAAGAAACCCGGGAUUGCCAUGUGCGUGGGAUGCGGGAGCGAAAUCCACGACCAGUACAUCCUGAAGGUAUCCCCGGACCUGGAGUGGCACGCAGCUUGCCUGAAAUGCGCGGAUUGUAGCCAAUAUUUGGACGAGAAUUGCACCUGUUUUGUGCGAGAUGGGAAAACCUAUUGCAAAAGGGAUUAUAUCAGGCUCUUCGGGGUCAAGUGCGCCAAAUGCGCGGCGGGCUUCAGCAGCAGCGACCUGGUGAUGCGCGCCCGCGCCCACGUCUACCACCUGGAGUGCUUCCGCUGCUCGGUGUGCAGCCGCCAGCUCCUGCCGGGGGACGAGUUCUCGCUGCGGGACCACGAGCUCCUCUGCCGCGCCGACCACGGCCUCCUCCUCGACCAGGCCGCCGCCGCCGACAGCCCCCCGCGCAGCCCCGGGCACCUGCCCGCCGCCAGGCAGGGCCUCUCGCUCGCAGGUAGGUCCCGCGGCCGCCGCCAGGGCAGGGCAGGGAAGGGCAGGGCUCGGCCCCGGGGAGCCUCCACCGACGGGCGCCGCCGACAGACCAGAACCACAGGAGCUGCUCCGGCUGGGAGGUCCCCCCUCCCCCGGCACCCUCCCCUCUUUCGCCUCUGGGAGGUCUUUUCCGAAGGCCCCCCGGAGAGGCAGAAAUGCUGGCGGAGACGCCGGGGGUCGCCCCAAGCUGCUGACUCGGAAGUCAAUAUGUCAGGGGGACUUACUUCUCGGUAG